CUGCUCGACUUUGAAGAUGGUGGGGAAUGGGGACUAAUAUAUUACCAAGCUUCUGGUGAGGGGUCGAAUAAGAACUCUCCAGGCAUCACGCAAAGGGUAACCGGAUAAUUAGAAAUCUUAUAGCUGAGAAUCCGGCCCUCAUUAUUUCCAAUUCAUCUCCUAAACGCUAUGGCAACUCAAAAUCUUGAUGAGGCCGUUGUGGCCAACAACCUGUUCAGUGUCGAUGGACUCGUGGCUUUCAUUACAGGCGGCGGAACUGGCAUCGGUCUGAUGAUGGCCCGAGCAUUGGCAAGAAAUGGUGCGGCCAAGGUCUAUAUUGGUGGGCGCCGAUUGGAGGUGCUAGAAGCUGCUGCUGCUUCUCUGGGCCCAAAUGUGGUGCCUGUCAAGUGUGAUGUGACCUCCAAGGAAAGCCUACAGCAGGCUGUCGACUUCAUCAAGCAAGACACUGGUUAUCUGAAUGUCUUGGUCUGCAAUUCAGGUAUUGGUGGGCCUCAGUCCAUCCAGAUCCAGGACGACACGUCGAUUGAGGAGUGGGCAGAUUCAAACUGGGACAUCAGCUUUGAAGACUACACGAAUACUUUUGCGGUGAACACAAGUGCCGUCUGGUAUACCGCUAUUGCCUUUGUGAAGCUUCUGGAUGCAGGAAACAAGAAGGGCAACUUGGAGCAAAGCUCUCAGAUUAUUGUCACCAGCUCCAUUGCCAGUUUCAACAAAGCCGCACCAGGAGGCUGGGCUUAUGGCCAGUCAAAAGCGGCUGCAACACACGUAGCCAAGCAUCUCUCGGCCGCACUGCCACGAUGGAAUAUCAGGACAAACUGCAUUGCUCCGGGAUUGUUCCCGAGCGAAUUGGCCGCACCCAUCGUUAACCGCUUCAACGAGAACUCGGAUACCCCAGGCAAAGUGCCAGCGCAGUUCAUACCCUUGCAGAGAAUGGGUAACGACCAGGACAUGGCUGGAACCAUUUUAUAUUUGAUUUCAAAGUCAGGGGCCUACUGCAACGGACUUGUCAUUGUGAUUGACGGUGGACGACUUUUAAGAUUCCCCUCGUUGUAUUAGACUAGUAGACAAUAGAGUAUAUAUGGCUUUGAGUAUACGGAGAAAAAAAACGACAGAGGUAGUCGCCGUC